AUGGCCCGCCUGAAUGAAUCAACAACCUCUGUGGAGUCACUCGAAACCCAGUCCGAAGUCUCUCACUUACUUGCCGAAAAUGUCUCCCUGAGGGAGCAGACGAUUGCCCUCGGCCAGGAGAUGGAAAGAUAUGAGGCGGCCAAAUCACUGCAUGACGGGGUAUACGAUAUCAAAAACAAACUCGAAAACAAGUUGACUGAACUUAAUAAUCUGGUUAUCGGGUUGGGGACGUUACCUCGCCAGUUCAAUAAAGCCUAUAGUGAAAGAGUUGAUGAUGGGAGGCAGAGAGAUUUGGCGCAGUCGAACUGGGACCUGAGACACGAUGAAGCAAAAUAUGAGCGGAGCUUCGCGCCCGAACAAGAUUGGAGACUCCCUGUCAUACCGGAGGACGGGUCUUGCCCAAGGGACAAGCCAAGGUCUUGUGAAUUGGAUGAGUCUAUGGAGAGCACAGCUACGCCAAACCCGCAAAGAAGUGAGGAUGCAAUCACUCGAAUUCAGCUCGAAGAGGACACUUUGUGUCUACAGCCAGGAGCCGAUUUUGCGGACAACAGACUCGACGAUUCUGGCAUCAAUGAUACGUUUCUUCCCCCUACACUUGAAACAAGGAAAAAGCGAAAAUACAAUGCUUCUUGGUCAGAAGAUCGUUUCAAUAUGAAAUCCGAAUCAGUUCAAUCGCACAAUACCUCGGAAGACACCCAGGGCACCGAUGUCCUACUGAAUUGUCGCACGGAGAGCGACACUUUUGGGGCAACCCCAGCAGAUGAUGAUUUCAAGUUCAGCCGACCAACUGUCUUCGGAAAGUGUGAACGUGAUCAACCAUGCGGUGAUAAACCAGCCGAAGAGUCGUUGGAGGUGAAAAGUGACUCAAUGUACCAUGGGCAACCUAAGCGCAGGGCGCUCAAGCCAAAGAACGCAAACAUGAAUGUAGUCUCCUCGGGCCGGCGUCGGACUCCAACGAAAGGGAAACAUUCUGAGAUACCUUCCUUUCCCGGCGAUGUCCAAAGUGAUGGAGACCAGCCCACAAAAUCAACAGCCGAUGAAAACAAUUGUCAUCGAGAAAGUAAACCAACAGAGAGAUGUGAUUCCGCAGAUAAUGCAAAUCAUCGAAAUGAGAGAAAACGCAAGUCGACUACUACAAAACCGGACUGCACGAAAGAAGAAGUAAAUUCUCCGUCGGCCUUGAUCUCUUUGGCGACGAACGAGACGACGAACGAGACAUCAGCAAUACCUUCCGAUCCGCCGUCACGGCCCAGCAGGCGCCAGAGAGCAGUCGUUAGCUAUGCGGAACCGAACUUGCGAGACAAGAUGCGCCGUUCCAACAACGAACUCAUAGCAGCAGUUGGCAAUGGCCAAUCACGAAGGGCAUCGAGUCACCGGGAACCGAAAACCGACAGGGGUGACGAAUUCAGUGGACGCACGAUUCCCCGGGCCAAUUCCAGGUCGCUAGACAUGGAUGCGGCAGCACUUUUCUCAGAAGAGUCUUCUAUGCACCAGUUGAAUUCGAUAUCACAGCGAAAACGCAAAAUCUCCCCAUCUUUGGACUAUAAGAUUGUAUCCGGCAAAUGUGAUGCCUCUAAUGAUUCGACAGCUUCACCCAUUAUGAUGAGUCCCAGUUAUGAAAAGCACCCAGAGCGCAAGAGUAUCACCGAGCUACAAACAGAUAUGGAACGACAUGUACGUCAGCCAGUUCUCGAAAACAUGAGCGAUGCAUCGAUGGAACUUGGGGAUAUGUGGAAGACAGCAUCAUGUACAAAAACCCAACCUCGGCGUCAUUCCACGAAUCAAAGGUCCCAUUUGCGGGAACCCCCACUUCAGCAAAGUAAGGCUGUCUCAAGCAGAGAAUCACCAGACGCUGCGUCGCCAUCUUUUUCGCCUAUACUAUCUCCCUCAAGCGACCUGGUGAUGGAUGAAACGUCUGCCUCAUCAGCGAACCUCCAGGCGCCUAACUCAGGAAACCCCCACAAUCAAUCAACAGCGUCAUUGGAGAUCGGACCAGGCCAAAAAAGGCGAGCCAAACGGGUGUCUGCCAGACGGAGAAGCAUGAUGCUGUGA